GAAAUGUGCUUAUAAGAAGGGCGUGUGCCCACCACACUCCAUGCCCAAUAAACAUUUUCUUACAUUCCUCUUACAAUUUCCUCCUAUACCAUGCCAGCCCUAGAACUUGAUCAACAGAUCAGAUCUGAAAGCUUCAAAAACAAUAAUAAUAUUGAAGCUGCAGAAACAAAUGCAGAACAUGAAGUUGAGGUUUUUGAUUAUACCAAGAGGGCACAGUGGCUUCGAGCUGCUGUUUUAGGAGCCAAUGAUGGGUUGCUCUCUACGGCUUCUUUGAUGAUGGGAGUUGGUGCUGUACGUAAAGACUCCAAGACCAUGGUCCUUACAGGGAUCGCUGGUUUGGUUGCUGGUGCUUGUAGCAUGGCGAUUGGUGAGUUGGUCUCAGUUUACUCACAAUAUGACAUUGAAUUGACUGAAGUGAAGAGAGAAAAAAUGGCAAAAGAUUUUGCCGAUCAUUACUUCGAGAAUAUGAAAAAAAGUUUGCCUAAUCCCUGGCAAGCAGCUGGUGCAUCUGCGCUUGCUUUUGCUGUUGGGGCUGUCAUGCCGUUGCUUGCUGCUGCGUUCAUAAAGGUCUAUGUGGUGAGGUUAGUUGUGGUGCUGGCUGUUGCGAGCUUGGCCCUGUUACGGUUUGGUGCGUUGGGAGCCCUGUCGAGGGGUGCACCCAUGUUGAAGGCAUCGUUAAGGGUGCUGGUAGGAGGAUGGCUAGCCAUGGGAAUAACUUUUGGCCUCACCAAGUUGAUUGGCCGCACAGGACUCUAAUCCAUCUUCUAUCACUACAUGGGUUUUGGUUUUUAACAGUGUUUUUUUUUUACCGUUUAGCGGUGUUUAUUAACGUCACUAUAAUGU